AUGAAGUCACAUAACCCACGUCGUUUCUACCUGAUCACCUAUCCCCGUACUGGUUCCAACCUCCUAGUUCGAAUGCUAGGUCUGGAUAACCAGCCCGACUUUGUCUCUGGAGAUGACCGUGGUGGGUAUAUUUUCCUGCCGACGAUAAAGUUGAUGACGGAUCUCGGCCUCCGUUCGAAGGGUAUAGCAGAUUGGACACCAAAUGAAAUACAACAAGUGCAACAGAACUACCAGGAGUGCUUUGAUAAAUUCCAAGAAUACCUGGAGGCAGCAUCAUUACAACGUCGUUCAGUCAUCAUAAAGGAACAUGUUCAUUUUUUGGUCAAGCCCACCGCACUCAGCGAGCUAGUCUUUGGCGCAAACAACAUACCCCACGAGAUCCCAUGGGCGCUUCAAAUUCCUGAAUCAUACGGUCUAGAACCGGAACAGUCAUUUCUCAACCAGACCGUAUUGCCAGACGAGUUCCUCAAAACAUGGUCACCAGCAUUCCUCAUCAGACAUCCUGCCCUUGCUUUCCCAUCAUUAUACCGUGCCUUGUGGGAGCUGGAGACCCCGGCAAAUGACGAAGAGGCUGAUUCCUUGGGAGAACAUUGCAUGACAUUGCGCUGGACCCGGGCACUAUACGAGUGGUAUUCACGAAAUUUGACGGCAGCCGAAUCUUACAUAGAUGGACGCAAUACAUGGCCCAUCAUCCUUGAUGCAGACGACAUAAUGACUGAUCCUGACGUGGUGGUCAGAUUCGCUGAGAUCAUGGGUAUGGACGUCUCACAGCUUAGCUUCUCCUGGACACCUGCUAGUGUGAAGCAGAAGAAGCAGAUGGAUCCAUUCACGAAGAGAUAUCUGUCAACUCUCCUUGCUUCUGGGGGUAUAGUUCAAGGCAAAACAGCAGGGUCUAUUGAUAUUGAAACGGAGGCGAAGAAAUGGUGUUUGGAAUUUGGAUAUCGCGCCGGAAAGAGAAUCGAGCGGUUAGUGAGGGAGGCCAUGCCGGACUACAAGUUCCUCAAGAGCAGGAGACUCACUCCAAGGCCACAGGACCAGGAGACUUUACCAGUCGUAGAACUGCUCUGA